AAUAUGAAAUAACUAAUAACUGAUUUUCAAAAGAAAAAAAAAAAACAUAAAUUUGAUUUCAUUGGUCAUUGAUAGAGAAUGAGCGGCACUGUAAAUGGAAGAAAAGAAAAAAAAGAAGCGCUAUUUUUAGAAUGAGAGAUUCACAAGCAAUUGUUUACGUUUUCCUCUUUCCAAACCGAGACUCCACCAUCAUCAUUCUUCUCUCUUCUUUCUUUUUUUUCUCUUCAUUAUUUAUCACUCUUACUUCGAUCUUUAAUUUCAAUUUUUUAUUUAAUUUUAUCCAAAUUUCACUACUGUACAUUUUAAUCACAAUUUCCACCAUUAUUAACCCUCCUCAUUACAUUUCAUCAUGUAAUACAAUGUGAUUUCAAUCAAUAGGUUUUUUUUUUUGCAGCAAUGGCGUUUGAUCAUAAUUCUGUUCCAAACGAUCUGCGUGUAUUGAAUGUGGCUCCGAUAAUGGCGGAGGAGCCGCUCAUUUCUCCGGCAAGCGUCACCUCGCCGCCGACUCCCGAUUCAGUUACCGAUUAUUUCUACCCGCCGUCGGUCUCCGCCGCCGCUGCCACAUCAGCAACAUGGUGCGUUCGCCCCAUUGUGAAUCCUGCUUCUAUUGGUUUAAACUAUGGGUCUAGUUUUGGGAACCGUGUUGUGGCUAAUAAUGCUUUGAAUUUGGGGAAUUGGGUAGGUGGUAAUAGUAAUAACAAUAGUAAUAAUGGUUUGCAUAAUAAGGCUUGUAAUGAUGGUGUAAGUGUAGUUGUAAAUGGUUUUUCUUAUGGUGGAACUAGAGUGGUUGAUGAGGUUGGGGACGAUUUGGUUUCGGGUAGGAAAGUGAAGUUUUUGUGUAGUUUUGGUGGGAAGAUUUUGCCUAGGCCUAGUGAUGGAGUGUUGAGAUAUGUUGGAGGACAAACAAGGAUAAUCAGUGUUAAGAAAGAUGUGAGUUUCAAUGAUUUGGUGCAGAAGAUGGUAGAUACUUAUGGACAGCCUGUUGUUAUUAAGUAUCAGCUUCCUGAGGAGGAUCUUGAUGCAUUGGUGUCAAUUGCUUGUCCUGAUGAUGUUGAGAAUAUGAUGGAGGAGUAUGGAAAAUUGGUUGAGAGAUCGCCCGAUGGUUCUGCUAAAUUGAGGGUUUUUUUGUUCCCUGUCUCAGAGGUUGAUUUUUCGGGUGCUAUGCAGCUCGGAGAUUUCCAGGAUACUGGUCAGAAAUAUGUUGAUGCAGUGAAUGGUGUUGUAGAUGGGAAUGUGGUUUGUGGUGGGUUCAAUAGGAAAGAGAGUGUUACAAGUGCGGCUUCAACACAAAAUUCUGAUUUGAGUGGGAUAGAGAAUAUUGAUAGUUCUGUUGCUGGUCAAGGGGAGUCGGCGUCCUGCGUGUUAUCGCCUGGAGAGAAUGUGGCUGCUUCUCCAGAUACAAGUUCAAAUACUGUUUCAUUUGGCAUGUCUGUGACUAAGACCGGUCCAACUCACACUCCAUAUAUUCAUAAUGAGGCUGAGGUAGAAAAGUCGGUGCCUGUUACUUUAUCUCAGCAGCCAUUUGAAUUGCACCAAUCAGGCAUGGAAUUUCCACCACCUUCACCUUAUUUGAACCAUGCAGAAUAUGUCCAACUUCCUCCUCAGAUGGGGUUCCCAAAUUCCCAGCUUUUAGGAAAGACUAGGCCUGUUUUUGCCCAACAACAGUUUCAUAGUAAUAAUAAUACUCCUGGUUUAGCAUUCCAUCAGGUCAUCUCUGGAGCACAGAUGACAAUGAAUCAACCUUCUUCUCAUGUUGGUGUAAGAUCAAAUGUCAUCCAACCACAACCGAUGAUACAACCACAGCGUAAUCAUUUGAACCAAUACAAUGAUGAAAAUACAUCAGGAAUAAGGAUUGUUCAGCUUCCUGCAGAACAUAGCUACAAUACAUAUCAGGUUCCAGUGAAUCAAGUUCCAUCUUUAAUAGUUGGGGGUAAUUGUGGUUUUGUUCAGGUUCCUCCACAAGAGCAUGUUGUUUUCUCUGAUGGGUUAUUACCUCAACAACAAAUAAUUAUACAAGAGAAAAUCCACCGAGUUGAGGGUUGUUCUAUGUGUCAGAAAAAGCUGCCUCAUGCCCAUUCAGAUCCAGUUGUUCAGGAUCAGCACAAUGGCAAUCCAGGUCCAGUUCCUGAUCCAAACCCGAAUUACCAUAGUUUUCCGACGGAGGACACUGUAAACGCUCAAGCAACAAAGAGGUUAACACCCUUGAAGGAAGGUGUGGUUGAAGAAUGGGUUAGCACAAGACCAAGUGUCAUUAGCAAAUUGGAAAGUCCUAAUAGAGUAACACCUUGUCCCGAUAAUACUGGGGUUUCUCAUAAUUUUGAGUCUCAGCCUGAUGGUGGGAGGAUUUUAAUGCAAAAGCCAGAAGAAUUUGAUCAUCCCAGAAAUUCAUUUAUUCAAGAAACGAUUGGUAGGACAGGUGGAAAACAUUCUUCUGGGGAUGGGCUUGGGGCCAUGAGAACGGCACCACCGAUUUAUCCAGAUGAUGUUGUCCACCAGCAUAUGAUGCCGUCUGAACAUGUCAAUAAUGAUAUACCUAUAGUUGAUGGAACAUCUACACGGACUCCGGAAUGCGUCACUCAAGCAUCUCCCAAAGAAUACACUAAUGAACAUACUGGUAUUUCUAAAUCGGAUGUGGUAGAUAAUUGGAUUAGACAAGGCUAUCUAAGACCUGUUGAUGGAAGAAUGGACACUCUCAAGGCACACAAUGAGGAAGGUUAUGUACGCAAUGACCAAUGCUUUCUUCCAGUUGAUAAAUCUUUAGAUUACAACACUCAGCUUGCUGCAGAGGAAGAGGUGAUUCUCGAUAACAACUUUGGCAUGCCAAAAUUGACAGUUGACUCAAACCAAACUAAGAUGACAUGCGUCCUGCCAUGUUCUUCUAAGGGAAUUUUAUACAGGAACAAUUCCAGGCUAGGGGAAUAUAAUGAGGAUUCACAACCACCUGUGUUGGACGUUCCUCAAUCAAAGAUUGGAAACCACCACAAGGAUGAUGCAGCAUCAUCUUCAUCAUCACCAACUGUCAUGUUUGGGGAUAUGCAAGAUUCUCCAAAUUCAGUUUUUGGCAAUCAGGAUCUCUGGAAUAUACAGCACGAGACCUUCUUUCAUCAUGUCGUACCGAGCAAAGCUGCAUUGGAGAAAGAAAACUAUUCUCAUAUGGAUCACUUUGGUGAACAUCCAGGAAGCUACAAGAAACAAAAUAUGAAUGCACAAUUGGAAGAUGGCUUCUACGAGUCGCUCAAACAGAAUUUUACUUUAGAAAAUAAUUGUUCUGGCAAAG